AUGGUCAAGAAGAAGGGAAAGUCGAAGCGCUUAUCGCUGCACAAGAAGUACAAAAUCGCACGCAAAGUGCGUGAGCACAAGCGACAGGAGCGCAAGUCGGACGCGAAACACGGCCACCAGUCGUCCAAGAAGAAAAAAGUCCCGGGCAUCCCCAACAAUUGGCCGUUCAAAGAGGAGCUGCUGCUGCAAGUGGAGCAAGCGCGACUGGCCGAGAUCGAUGCCCAGCGACAGGCGCAACAGCAGCGCAAGGACAGCAAGAAGAAGGCCAAGCUGCAUGCUCAACUGGCGCGCAGUAGCGCGAAUGCUGUGGCGCCCGUGACGCCGCUGAGCGUCGAGAUGCAGGCGAAGAAGGACCUCAAGCACGCGGUCCAAACUGCCGACGUGGUGCUCAUUGUGCUGGACGCGCGGGAUCCCCAGGGCUGUCGCUCGCUGUCGCUCGAAGACGGUCUUGUGGCCAAAGGUCAGAAGAAGGUCGUGCUUGUGCUGAACAAGGUGGACCUCAUCUCCUCCGAGACGGCGCAGAAAUGGGUCGCGUACUUGCGUCGCUUCCACCCGACGAUCCCCGUGCGUGCACUGAACGCCAAGGUCUCGGACAGCUCGAAGAAGACCAAGCAGGAAAAGGGUCACAAGGCGCUCUACGACCGCCAGCAAGAGAUCAGCGGGAUGCGGGAUAACGGAGACGUGCAGCCACUGCGAAUCUUCCUCGACGAGUUGGCCAGCUGCAGUGAUGAGCCUGCACGUGUGGCAGUCAUCGGGUACCCGAACGUGGGCAAGAGCACGCUCAUCAACUCGAUCAAGCGUCGACAGGUAGUCAACGUGUCAAGCAAUCCGCAGUCCACCAAGACGGCUCAGGAAGUGCGUUACAGUGACAAGCUUGUGCUAGUGGACUGUCCUGCGCUGGACCCGGACUACAGCGACGAGUCCGCUGCGAUCAUGCGUCAUGGCAUUGCUGGUGUGUUUGUCGAAGACCCUGUACCUGUCGUCAAGAGCGUGAUUGAGCGCGGGGAUGCCAUGAACAUCAUGCAGACGCUCCAGAUCCCUGUGUUCCGGAAUGACGAAGAGUUCCUCACGAAGCUAGCGAUCAAGCGCAGCCUCUUCCGUAAAGGUGGCGAGCCAGACAUCCUCAUGGUAGCCCGCACGUUCCUGCAGAACCUUGGCAAGAACGUCCUCAGUCCGUCGUGUCUGCCACCAGCCAAGUCCAAGUCAAGGUUCGAGCUGCCCGACUGGUUCAAGAAGCUGGACCUUGCUAAGCUUCCCGAGGCCGAGACACUCCUGUACCGCUCCAGCACAACUGGCCAUCAGCGUGUGCUCACGUUCAAGCCAGCCCCUGUCUCUCAUGCUGCAGGUGAUACCACGGAAUACGACCUCAUCAUGGGCGAGCUGCCCGAAAAUGACGGCCUGACAUCGGAAGACGAAGACGAGGAGGACGAUGCCGACAUGGACGAGGAGGGAGAGGAAGAGAUGAAUGACGAGGAGGAGGAAUAA